AUGGCCCUGGACGGCGAGCGGGGGGAACAAGAGGAGGAGAAGAAAAAGAAGAAGAAGAAAAAGAAGAGGAAGAAGAAGAAGGAGGAGGAGGCGGCGGGGGCUAAGAAGAGCAGCUCACCCUUCGCGGCCACGAUGGGGGAGAACGACGCCGCGCUGCGGGCCGGCGGCAGGGGCCUCUCGGACCCGUGGGCGGACUCCAUGGGGGUGCGACCCCGCACCACCGAGCGCCACAUCACUGUGCACAGGCGGCUAGUGCUGGCCUUCGCCGUGUCCAUCGUGGCGCUGCUCGCGGUCACCAUGCUCGCGGUGCUGCUCAGCUUGCGCUUCGACGAGUGUGGGGCGAGCUUACCGCCCGGCGCCGACGGCGGCCCCGCCGGCUUCCCAGCGCGCGGCGGCAACGAAAGCCUUCCGGGUUCAGCCCGGCGCAACCACCAUGCUGGUGGAGACUCCUCGCAGCCCGGGGCAGGCGGGGAAGCCAACCCUGAGACCCCGUCCGCCCGGCCGCCGUCGGACGAGGAGCGGCAGCAGUGGCAGCCGUGGACUCAACUGCGCCUGUCGGGCCACGUCAAGCCGCUGCACUACAAUCUGAUGCUCACCGCCUUCAUGGAGAACUUCACCUUCUCUGGGGAGGUCAACGUGGAGAUCUCGUGCCGGAACGCCACUCGCUACGUCGUGCUGCACGCCUCCCGUGUGGCGGUCGAGAAGGUGCAGGUGGCCGAGGACCGGGUAGCCGGGGCGGUCCCGGUGGCCGGCUUUUUCCUCUACCCGCCAACCCAGGUCUUGGUGGUGGUGCUGAACAGGACGCUGGACGCGCAGAGGAAUUACAAUCUGAAGAUCAUCUACAACGCCUUGAUCGAGAACGAGCUCCUGGGCUUCUUCCGCAGCUCCUACGUGCUCCACGGGGAGAGAAGGUUCCUUGGCGUUACUCAGUUUUCGCCUACACAUGCCAGAAAGGCAUUUCCUUGUUUUGAUGAGCCAAUCUACAAGGCUACUUUCAAAAUCAGCAUCAAGCAUCAAGCAACCUAUUUAUCUUUAUCCAAUAUGCCGGUGGAAACUUCCGUGUUUGAGGAAGAUGGAUGGGUUACGGAUCACUUUUCACAGACCCCUCUCAUGUCCACGUAUUAUUUAGCCUGGGCAAUUUGCAACUUCACAUACAGAGAAACUACCACCAAGACCGGGGUUGUAGUACGCUUAUAUGCAAGACCUGAUGCUAUCAGAAGAGGAUCCGGGGACUACGCUCUCCACAUAACAAAGAGAUUAAUAGAAUUUUAUGAAGACUACUUCCAAGUGCCCUAUUCCUUGCCGAAACUAGAUCUUUUAGCUGUGCCUAAGCAUCCGUAUGCUGCUAUGGAGAACUGGGGACUAAGUAUUUUUGUGGAACAAAGAAUACUGCUGGAUCCCAGUGUUUCAUCUAUUUCUUAUUUGCUGGAUGUCACCAUGGUCAUUGUUCAUGAGAUAUGUCACCAGUGGUUUGGUGACCUCGUGACUCCUGUGUGGUGGGAAGAUGUGUGGCUGAAGGAGGGAUUUGCUCACUACUUUGAGUUUGUUGGUACAGACUACCUCUACCCCGGCUGGAACAUGGAAAAACAGAGGUUUCUGACAGAUGUUCUACAUGAAGUGAUGCUGCUUGACGGCUUGGCCAGUUCCCAUCCAGUAUCACAGGAAGUGCUACGGGCAACAGAUAUUGACAGGGUGUUUGACUGGAUCGCAUAUAAAAAGGGUGCUGCUUUAAUUAGAAUGCUGGCUAAUUUUAUGGGCCAUUCAGUAUUUCAGAGGGGUUUGCAAGAUUACUUAACUAUUCAUAAGUAUGGCAAUGCAGCCAGAAAUGAUCUCUGGAAUACACUAUCAGAGGCUUUAAAAAGGAAUGGAAAGUAUGUAAAUAUACAAGAAGUAAUGGAUCAGUGGACACUCCAGAUGGGUUAUCCUGUUAUCACCAUCUUGGGAAAUACAACAGCAGAAAAUAGAAUAAUAAUUACCCAGCAACAUUUUAUUUAUGACAUCAGUGCUAAAACUAAAGCACAUGAACCUCAAAAUAACAGUUACCUGUGGCAGAUCCCAUUAACUAUUGUGGUAGGAAAUAGAAGCCAUGUGUCUCCAGAAGCAAUUAUUUGGGUGUCUAACAAAUCAGAACACCACAGAAUAACUUCUUUGGACAAAGGAAGCUGGUUACUGGGGAACAUCAAUCAAACUGGCUAUUUUAGAGUCAACUAUGAUUUAAGGAAUUGGAGAUUAUUAAUUGAUCAAUUAAUCAGGAAACAUGAGGUUCUCUCUGUCAGUAACCGAGCAGGUUUGAUCGACGAUGCCUUCAGCCUAGCCAGAGCUGGCUAUUUGCCUCAGAAUAUUCCCCUGGAGAUUAUCAGAUACCUGUCUGAGGAGAAGGAUUUUCUUCCUUGGCACGCCGCCAGCCGAGCUCUUUAUCCUCUAGAUAAAUUACUGGACCGCAUGGAGAAAUACAAUGUCUUCAAUGAAUAUAUUUUAAAGCAAGUUGCAACAACGUACAUCAAGCUUGGUUGGCCAAAAACCAAUUUUAAUGGAUCUCUUGUUCAAGCAUCCUACCAACAUGAAGAGCUACGUAGAGAAGUUAUAAUGCUAGCAUGUAGUUUUGGCAACAAGCACUGUCACCAACAGGCAUCAACGCUUAUUUCAGAUUGGAUUUCCAGCAACAGAAACAGAAUACCACUAAACGUUAGAGACAUCGUCUACUGUACAGGAGUUUCACUACUAGAUGAGGAUGUCUGGGAAUUCAUAUGGAUGAAAUUCCACUCCACCACGGCCGUUUCUGAAAAGAAAAUAUUACUGGAAGCCUUAACUUGCAGUGAUGACAGGAAUUUAUUAAAUAGGCUUCUAAAUCUAUCACUGAAUUCUGAAGUGGUGCUGGAUCAAGAUGCAAUUGAUGUUAUAAUCCAUGUAGCUCGAAAUCCACAUGGCCGAGACCUUGCCUGGAAAUUUUUUCGAGAUAAAUGGAAGAUAUUAAAUACCAGGUAUGGAGAAGCAUUGUUUUUGAAUUCCAAACUUAUCAGUGGAGUUACAGAAUUUCUUAAUACUGAAGGUGAACUGAAAGAGCUAAGGAACUUCAUGAAGAGCUAUGAUGGAGUAGCUGCUGCCUCUUUCUCAAGAGCCGUGGAAACUGUCGAAGCCAAUGUACGCUGGAAAAUGCUUUAUCAAGAUGAGCUUUUCCAAUGGUUAGGAAAAGCUCUGAGACACUAAUGUGUGUCUCUUAAAAACAAUUUGACUCAGAAUUUUGUGAGAAGACCUGCUUUGUGUGGAAUGAGGAAAAUGGCCAGAUUUUCAGUGUUAACGUGUGGGAGGAUAUUUUUUUUUUUUAAUUUUUGGUUUUGGGGGAUUUUUUUUGUUUCAUUCAUUCUGUUUUGUUUCUCUACUGGGUGUUCUUCUCUAAAGAAACUCUUGCAAGUGCAACUAGCCAUGACUGCUUCAGCUAUACAUUCCUCACUGUACAGGACCAAAUAUGAUAGUGGUGCAUGUUGACGUUGCAGUCAGUAUGGAAAAAACAUAUUCAGAAUAUUUUGUGCAUGGCUGUAUGGCCCUGCCUGUGUUCUAGCAUGCUUAUUUAAAAUGUCCAGUGUUGUAUGUGAAUAUAUGUUACAUCGGGAUUAACAUUAUGCAAAAGCACAAAGAUUAUCUGUGACAGUCAGUGAUGCAAUGAAAGAAAAACUAAAACAGGGAAUUAUAUUCUUAGUCCUGGGCAAUGUGAGAAGUGAAAUAGCCCUUUAAGUGACUGGUGUCACUUAUUUCAGCACUUGGAUUGUCUUUCAAUGAUUAUUGUACUGCUAACUCAUUUUCUUUGAGUUAAAGCUGUGUAUACGUUAAAAAACGCAUAUAGGUAGUGUAUGCAUAUGUAUAUGUACAUAGGGAGGCCCCAUGUGUAUACAGUAUGUUGUACACUGCAUUUUUGCAGACUCUCUUCAGCUCAAAGAAAAUUUAUCUCUUUUUAUAAACUUACACAAACUUUGGAAAGGCUUCAAAGAAUUUAUCUCAACACUAUCCUUCCUGACAAUUUCCUAAAUUUCUCAACUGUUAUAGAUUUUUUCAUCUACUUCCUGAAUGGUCUAUUCUAUACAUAAAAAUGAAUUUAAACAAAAUUUAUGUA